AUCCCCGCCGUUCCCAUAUGUCCUGUGGGGUCUUCAUCCCAUAUGGACCUGACCCCACUGAGCCACUUGGGGUCCUGAUCCCAUAGAGACCCAUCCCUGCCGUUCCCUUUCAGCCUUGGGGUCCUGAUCCCAUAGGAUCCCAUCCCCACUGUGGAUGUUUUCCCUUUGGGGUCUCAAUCCCGUGGAGACCCACCCCCACCGUUCCCAUAUGUCCUGUGGGGUCUUCAUCCCAUAUGGACCUGACCCCAUUGAGCCCUUUGGGGUCCUGAUCCCAUGGAGACCCAUCCCCGCUGUUCCCAUAUGUCCUGUGGGGUCUUCAUCCCAUAUGGACCUGACCCCACUGAGCCACUUGGGGUCUCAAUCCCAUGGAGACCCAUCCCCGCUGUUCCCAUAUGUCCUGUGGGGUCUCAAUCCCAUAGAGACCCAUCCCUGUCAUCCCAUUUGCCCCAUGGGGUCCUGAUCUCAUAGGAUCCCAUCCCCACUGUGGAUGUUUUCCCUUUGGGGUCUCGAUCCCAUGGAGACCCAUCCCUGCCAUUCCCAUAUGUCCUGUGGGGUCUCAAUCCCAUAUGGACCUGACCCCAUUGAGCCCUUUGGGGUCCUGAUCCCAUAGAGACCCACCCCUGCCGUUCCCUUACAGCUUUGGGGUCCUGAUCCCAUAGGAUCCCAUCCCCACUGGGGUCGGUGCCCUUUGGGGUCUCAGUCCCAUGGGGUCCCCCCCCACCGUCCCCAUUCACCCCGUGGGCUCACAGGAUCCCAUCCCACUGCAGAUGUGAUGUGCGUCCUUUGGGGUCCUGGUCCCAGGACGUCCAUCCGUGUGUCCCCAAGGUGUCCGUGUGUCCCACAUGUCCCUGUCCCCAUGAUGCCCACGUGUCCCAUGUCAUCCUGUCCCAAGGUGUCCAUGUGUCCCACACAGCUUUGUCCCCAAGGUGUCCGUGUGUCCUCUGUGUCCCUGUCCCCAAGGUGUCCCUCUAUGGGUCUCAUGUGGUUUUGUCCCCAAGGUGUCCGUGUGUCCCUGUCCCCAGGAUGUCCAUCCAUGUCCCCAAUGUGUCCCCAUCCCAAGACGUCCGUCCGUGUGUCCCACAUGCUCCUGCCCCCAAGGUGUCCGUGUGUCCUACACAGCUUUGUCCCCAAGAUGUCCAUCCAUGUGCCCUACGUGUCCCAUGUCAUCCUGUCCCCAGGAUGCCAUCCACGUGUCCCCGUGUCCCUGUCCCCAAGAUGUCCUUUUAUGGGUCCCACACUGCCUUGUCCCCAAGGUGUCUGUGUGUCCCCGUCCCCAAGAUGCCCAUAGGUGUCCACACAGCUUUGUCCCCAGGAUGCCAUCCAGUGUCCCCCGUGUCCCUGUCCCCAAGACAUCCAUCCAUGUGUCCCACGUGUCCCUGUCCCCAAGACAUCCAUCCAUGUGUCCCACGUGUCCCUGUCCCCAAGAUGUCCCUCUAUGGGUCCCACACUGCCUUGUCCCCAAGGUGUCCGUGUGUCCUCUGUGUCCCUGUCCCCAAGGUGUCCCUCUCUGGGUCCCAAUACUGCCUUGUUCCCAAGGUGUCCAUGUGUCCCUGUCCCCAGGACGUCCAUCCAUGUCCCCAAUGUGUCCCCAUCCCAAGACGUCCGUCCGUGUGUCCCGCAUGCUCCUGUCCCCAAGGUGUCCGUGUGUCCCACACAGCUUUGUCCCCAAGGUGUCCAUCCAUGUGCCCUACGUGUCCCAUGUCAUCCUGUCCCCAGGAUGCCAUCCACGUGUCCCCGUGUCCGACCCCAAGAUGUCCUUUUAUGGGUCCCACACAGCUUUGUCCCCAAGGUGUCUGUGUGUCCCUGUCCCCAGGACGUCCAUCCAUGUGUCCCCCGUGUCCCUGUCCCCAUGAUGCCCAUGUGUCCCAUGUCAUCCUGUCCCAAGGUGUCCGUGUGUCCCGCGUGUCCCUGUCCCCAAGACGUCCAUCCAUGUGUCCCACAUGUCCCUGUCCCCAAGAUGUCCAUCCGUGUGUCCCACAUGUCCCUGUCCCCAAGAUGUCCAUCCAUGUGUCCCGCGUGUCCCUGUCCCCAUGAUGCCCACGUGUCCCAUGUCAUCCUGUCCCAAGGUGUCCGUGUGUCCCAUGUGGUUUUGUCCCCAAGAUGUCCAUGUUUCCCACACAGCUUUGUCCCCAAGGUGUCCGUGUGUCCUCUGUGUCCCUGUCCCCAAGGUGUCCCUCUAUGGGUCCCAAUACUGCCUUGUCCCCAAGGUGUCUGUGUGUCCCUGUCCCCAGGACGUCCAUCCAUGUCCCCAAUGUGUCCCCAUCCCCGAGACGUCCGUCCGUGUGUCCCACAUGCUCCUGUCCCCAGGGUGUCCGUGUGUCCCACACAGCUUUGUCCCCAAGGUGUCCAUCCAUGUGCCCUACGUGUCCCAUGUCAUCCUGUCCCCAGGAUGCCAUCCAUGUGUCCCUGUGUCCCUGUCCCCAAGAUGUCCUUUUAUGGGUCCCACACUACCUUGUCCCCAAGGUGUCUGUGUGUCCCCGUCCCCAAGAUGCCCAUAGGUGUCCACACAGCUUUGUCCCCAGGAUGCCAUCCAGUGUCCCCCGUGUCCCUGUCCCCACGCUGUCCUUUUAUGGGUCCCAUGUGCUUUUGUCCCCAACAUGUCCGUGUGUCAGGAUGUCCGUCCGUGUGUCCCACACAGCUUUGUCCCCAAGCUGUCCAUCCCAGUACCCACAUGGUGGCCCCACGGUGCCCACGCCCAGGUAAUCAGACACAAAACCCCCCAAAACCCCCACAAACCCAUCAUCUCUGA